GCCAUUCGUUUAACCUAUGAAUAUAUACUCUGCCGAUCACAUAACACAUGGGAAAUGUGAGCAAUUAUUCAGAGCUAUUUCGUGCUUGACCUCACAGUUUAUACACGUUCUCCGAGACUUUUAUUUUCCCACCAUCACCGGAUGUUUUUUUUUCCAUUUUGUUCACACAUGUUGUCUUAACACAUCUUCAUUCCCAGCUGGAGAGCAAAUCGACAUCAGCUGGGUUUGCAUCAAGUAGCACCUUGACGACCACAGUAGUCGAUUUUUUUUAGAAUCUUCAACGUUGUGCAAAGUGUCGGCUAUUGUAACCUGGAAAAGCUCCCCAAUCUCUCUUUUGUCGCGGCGAGGCACGCGACAAACGAGCGAUAACGUUCCAUCGAACCCCCGGCAAACAAAGAGCUUUUUUUCUCAACGUCAACAUUUUUCCUCCAUAUUCCAUAGUGAUGAGUCAUGUGUCCGUCGAGAAUGUCCACGGUCUAGAACAACAGCUUGCUGUCCUAGACUUGAAUGUGGCAGACGGACAAGGUGGUGGCACCAACAGAAGAUACAUUCCUCCACAUUUACGGAACAAAGAUGGUCCUAAAAAUGGAGGAAAUGUGUUCGCUGCCAGGGCCGGCUACGCUAUUGCACCUGCCGCCGCCUUCGGUUGGGACGGGAGCCGUGGCAACUUUGUCAACGGCUACCAUGACAACCGCAUGACUGGCGGGAACGCUUAUAACCGUGGCCCGCCUCGCAUGGAGCGAGGGCGAGGGGGCAUGGGCGCAGGCGGCUAUCGUGGCAACAGAACCGGCUCCUUCAAUCCCAUCAACACUGCUCCGCCGAUGAGCUUCGGCUUGUACGAAAACAAAGAUGCUGGCGGGUGGAACACUGCCAAGGACGCCUACAGCAGCUUUGGAAACAACAGAGGAAAAUCGGCUUUCUUCAAUGACCGAAGUAACGCAAAUCGCGGAAGGUUUGAUCACGGUGGCUACAGUGGCGGCGGAGGUGGGAACAGCCGCUGGGUGGAGGAGGCCAGCUGCGAUGGAGACUGGUCCAAGCCAACUCCGCUGAAUGAACGACUCGAGCAUGAGUUGUUCUCCGGCAGCAACACUGGGAUUAAUUUUGAGAAAUACGAUGACAUUCCAGUUGAGGCUACUGGACAGAACUGCCCUCAUCACAUUGAGAGUUUCCAGGAUAUUGACAUGGGUGAAAUCAUCAUGGGCAAUAUUGCGCUGAGCCGCUACACACGCCCGACCCCAGUCCAGAAAUAUGCUAUUCCAAUCGUCAAGUCCAAACGAGAUCUCAUGGCCUGCGCACAAACGGGUUCUGGCAAGACUGCUGCAUUCCUGCUGCCAAUUCUCAGCCAAAUAUACGCAGAGGGGCCAGGAGAUGCUGUUAAUGCGGCUAAAGCCUCUGGGCAGGAGAAUGGAAAAUAUGGCCGUCGUAAGCAGUACCCCAUUUCUUUGGUCCUGGCCCCGACUCGAGAACUGGCACUGCAGAUAUAUGAUGAAGCCAGGAAGUUUUCCUACCGGUCCAGAGUGCGUCCCUGUGUUGUCUACGGAGGAGCCGACAUCGGGCACCAGAUCAGGGAUCUUGAGAGAGGCUGCCACCUCCUAGUGGCCACGCCUGGAAGACUUGUGGACAUGAUGGAGAGGGGCAAGAUUGGGCUAGACUACUGCAAGUACCUUGUCCUGGAUGAAGCGGAUCGGAUGCUGGACAUGGGUUUCGAGCCGCAGAUACGGCGCAUCGUGGAACAGGACACCAUGCCUCCCAAAGGCAGCCGGCAGACCAUGAUGUUCAGCGCCACCUUUCCCAAAGAAAUCCAGAUUCUGGCCAGGGAUUUCCUGGACGACUAUAUCUUCCUAGCAGUGGGCAGAGUGGGCUCCACCUCAGAGAACAUCACUCAGAAGGUUGUUUGGGUGGAAGAGAGCGACAAGAGGUCUUUUCUCCUGGACUUGCUCAGUGCUACAGUCAUCCCCAGUGAAGUGCAGGACAAUGCUGGAGAGAACAUGGAGAAGCCUGGCAAGGACUCGCUGACGCUGGUUUUUGUGGAAACCAAAAAGGGCGCCGACGCCUUAGAGGACUUCCUGUACCGGGAAGGUUACGCCUGCACCAGCAUCCAUGGUGACCGCUCCCAGAGGGACAGAGAGGAGGCUCUGAACCAAUUCCGAUCUGGAAAAUGCCCCAUCCUGGUGGCCACAGCUGUUGCAGCUCGUGGUCUUGACAUCUCCAACGUGAAACACGUUAUUAACUUUGACCUGCCGAGUGACAUUGAGGAGUAUGUCCACCGUAUUGGACGCACAGGGCGAGUGGGAAAUCUGGGACUGGCAACGUCGUUCUUCAACGACAGGAACGGCAACAUCACUAAAGACCUGUUGGACAUCCUGGUUGAAGCCAAACAGGAAGUUCCUUCCUGGCUAGAGAGCCUGGCUUAUGAGCACCAGCAUAAGAGCAGCAACCGUGGACGUUCUAAGAGGUUUGCAGGUGGUUUUGGAGCACGUGACUAUCGUCAGACUGCUGCCGGAGGCAACGCUGGAGGCUUUGGAGGGCGUGGCGUUCGGAACCAGGCGGGACACGGAGGAGCCCGCGGCUUUGCUGGAGGCGGAUUCGGAACCUUCUACACGAGCGACGGCUACGGAGGCAACUACUCUCAUUCUCAAGUUGACUGGUGGGGCAACUAGACCAUGAAUUCUCUCUCACGCAUUUUCUCUUUCUUUCGUUCUCAACUCUGCCGUCUUCACCACAUCUGCCACCCUAGUCGACAUUUAGAACCUGUGUGCAUGCUCUAUAAAUAUACUCAUUAUACAGCAACCCCACAACCUACCUGGACUAUGUAAUUAAAUUUAUUUCAUGAUAAAAUCUCACAACAGACCACAUGGUAAGGGAUUCUUCCAUUCGGUUAUUUGACAACAUUCCUCCUGUAGGAUGUUUUUUGUCACUCUUUGUAUUUUGAAUUUUAGCUUGGUUUUGUUCUGCCCUUACUCAGUCACACAAGACUACAUGCGAGUUGCUCCCGAUCCACGCGUCAUCUUUGUGUUGAAUGCGUGUCCGCCUUACAAGUAAAACGUACACUACUAAGACAUGAAACAAAUUCAGAAAUAUGAACUAGCUGAGAAGAAGAGGCCACAAAUAUUGCGCUUAUUUUUUUUAAACCCUUUGUUUUAAUUGAAAUGCAGAUGUCUUAGAUUUCUGACGACACCCAGGAAGUUCCAGGAUGGAAAUUGGAACGCGAGCAAGCAUUGUUGCCCUUCAUUUGAAAUGUAAGCAAACGGAAUUAUAGGACUUGCCCUUUACUUGAAAAAUAUAACAAAGUAAAGAUCAUUUGUUUCUGUACUGUGCCUUCAAGAAUUCAAGCAUUGGCUUUUCUUAUUUCUGUUCCGUGAAAAACUCAUAUUUAAUGUCAUGUAUAGGUUUGUUAUCUUGAUUUCUCUUUGGAAGGAAACAAGCUAGACUUGAACUAAAUCAAACCUUGGCAAAACAAAAUAAACUUGGUAAAACUGCCACAAGGAAAGUCAAACGUGAUCCCUCGUUCUCUGAUCCGGUUCCUAAAAGCAUAAAGUUAAACCCUCCUGCUGUAGGCUUUCUGCUUCGAGAAAUCGGAUGUUGAUCCUAUGGCUCUGCUUUGAGCUUGAAGUCAAGAAGUUCCUCACUCAGUCGCCAAAAGUUGGCAGUUCGGUAACUGCGCCACUAAGUAGUGCAGCAGUCAAACUUCAACGCAUCAAACUGGUCAAAGAUGUACAUUUUCCGUUUUUUCCUCCCCCAAUUGAUUGCUUACCUUGCUGCCACUGUUUUGUGAAGCUCCAUUCGUCGGCGCACGUCUGUUGUGCCAACUCUUGGCGUCCGUAUGCUCUUGGGAACCUGACUCCGCCUACAACCGCAAACUUUGAAGCCCUUCUUGGCCAAAAGCGUCUUUCAAGGGGGGAAACAACUCAAAAGACUCAGAGAUCCAAAAUUCCCUGCUCACUCUAUCCUGGAGAGUCACAUGAAGAGUUUUCUCUUACAACAAAACAAAUCAUUCCAGUCUUGCUUUGAGUGUUUUUGGAUAAAUUGCGGUCAGGGAUGAAUGCAUACAUCAGGCCAGAGUGUUUCCCAGCAGGGCAGCAGAAGCCACUAGACGACUUGACUUGAAGGUUUGACAAUGGCCCCAAUCUGUUUCUCCGAACCACACUUUGAUGAUGACGAUGGGCCACAGAGAUUUUGCUCCACCUGCCGAGUAGCCGUGCUAGACAACUGAACACCAUAAGAGGCGAAGGUUCAAAUUGGGCACUUUCCGCAUUGGCGUGUGGCCCUGCUGUGGAACCAGGCCAUGUCUUGUCAAGGAACUCCACCUUUCAUUCCGAGUGUCAAGUCAAAAAGCAGGGUGCAAAUUGAUUUUAUUUACAUGGAGAUCUUAAACAAAUUAACAUGUAGAUAAUGUGUACAUAGUUGAAACUUGUCGAGUGAAAAUAUGCUGGACUCGACAUUGUCUCGAGAGCUGAGUUCAGAGGACCUUUAGAUUCCAUUCAAUAGGUUUUCUCAAAAUUGCUCACUGGCUUUGAAAACAGCCAAGCUGUGUGGGCCAAGACUGUAGGACAUAUGCAAGUGUUGUUGUUUUUUUUUGGUCAAGCAAUUUAGACAUGCAAAAAAACAAUUGUUAAGAGUUCUCUAGCGGGUUUUUGGUUAUGCUGAAGGGGAGGGGGGGUGUACCCCCUUAUUUUCCUUUCGUUUUUUUUUUAACUGUGUUUCACUAAGUGGUAGUAUUCAGUUGCGUAAAUUGUUUGUUUGUUUGGAGGUCACAUUCAUUGUAGAAAAAGUCCCCCAAAGCAGCAUUUUGUUUCGGUGUACCGAAGAGAGCUCGUGCACAUCUUAAUGUAUCCCAUGGAAGGCUGGUUCUCCCUAUUGUGAGCUUUCUACAGAUGUUCAAGGGCAGACAGUUUUGGGGAUUUCAGUCCUUGUGGUUGAGCUGCAGGAGGUUGCAGGCAAAAUUACAGAGAGUGAUUUUGACCGGAAUUGUUGUGCGCUGGGUUGCUUGUUUUCAUGUGAGUGAACGUUGACUCGACACCAAGCAGACGGUAGAGUUGCAAAUGACAAUCGGUUGAGGACUUAAUUCUCAUUUCCUCCGUUCCGCUUUUUGACCCCCCCCCCUGCGUUUUGAUGACAUCUCAACGUCUCUUUUUAUUUGCGCGCACUUUGUACUGUCACGAACGCUGACAUGCUCGGUGCCUUGAAAUUCUUCCUUCCAGACUGAAGCAUGGGUUCUUCUCACACAGGCACUUGUUUAUAACUUCCCGAUGGUGUUAGUUGCUCGUGAAUGUUUAAACGUACAACCCAACAUUGUUUAUUAGGAGCAGGUUAGCCCACUGAUUUUAGCAUUUACCUUAAAGCACUAAUUGCACAGUCUCUCUCUCUCUCUCUCUCUCUCAUAGCGGUGGGUUUUUCUGCAUUUUCUGGGUCAGCUGUUGCCAUCUGGUGGUGAAGCAUGGCACGUCUCACAUAGCCUCCAUAGCAAAUCAUUUACCUUGUGAUGCCUUAAAUUCAAGAUGGAUUGUCCGGAUAAAAGCGUUAUUGGUUAGACUUUGUAACGUCUUUAGCUUGGAGUGGUUUGUAUCAAUGGCAUCGCCAUAGAGAAUUCAGCGCUUCUGCGAGAACUUCAGACUCUUAAGACAAAGAGGUGUGUUGUUGGGGAACAAUUUAAUGGUGCUAUGCUCUCUCUUUGCUGCGGCCUCCAGGCCUUCCGUUUGUAGAAAGACUGAAAAUCCUAUUUAGUUUUUACUAAAACUACUUUAAAUGUCUUCUGUAGCCCGGGUACUCCAAUACCUCUCAAGAGGUGCAUAUGAGUGAGUGUUUAGCGUUGCCAAAAGAGACUUCUCAGUAGUGAUGGAAGAAAUUUGUGUGUGUGGGUGUGGGUGUGUGUGUGUGCGCGUGUAACUGGAUGUUCCUGGGGUGAAUGUGUAUGUGGGGACCGGUUUGUGUUUUAGUUCAGAACGACAAGACCCAGCUGUUUGCACCCAAAGUUCUUGAGUCUACUUUCGCUAGUUUGUGUAAUUUAUCAAACAUUUUUGAGAAAUAUUUAUUUUUAUAAGCCUAGUGCAAAUGUUUAAAAGGAGACUUGACCAAAAGACAGUGAACAAAAACACUGGCACAUGAAUGUUGGAUGUCAUUGGUAUGAGUGAAAAUUUCUAUUUUUCUGGGGUAGUGUGAGCUUUUUAAUAACGGCGUAAUAGGCUCUCUCUGAGUACGUCAAUGUGAUGAGCUGGAACCUCACACUAUUAUUUAACCAUUGGAGCUCAAACGGCAUCAGCAGUCGCAGAUGUGACGUACGGAGAGAAAUCACUCUGUACCGGACUCAGUAUCAGAUCCGCUAACCUGUUAGUACAACAGGUUCCGAUGCCAAUUGUGACAACGAUGAUGAUGAUGAUGAUAAUACACCAUGAGCAGCCAUUUUCAAUUGGCCCCCCUAAAAAAAAAUAAUUUGAAAGAAUUACACCAAAUAUGCCAAGGUUUGGAUUAAAUUGUAGGAAUCAAAAAUCAUUUUGUAAAAAAAAACCCCAAGAAAACGAAAAAACAAAUGUGCAGUACAAACAUGUCCAGAUUUGCUCCAACUCAGUUUUGUUGUUGUUCAUUUGUUUUCCUUCCGGUUAAUACCUGUUGUGUGAUUGCCUAUCAAGUGGGGAUGUUCAAAGUCUGUAAGACAAAAGUAAAUGUGCUUCUAUUGCUAUGUUAUUGUGAUCAGCAUAUUUUCAGGCACAGCGUGCUCGACGCUCACUGCUGAGCGCGUCUGGCCAGUCAGGAAAUGGGCAAUCCAUGUACGAUGACACCAUUUUGAUCUUGUCUUCUGCCUUUGCGGUCCACAAUCCGCAUUCCCCAUUGCAGCCUGUUCUAUUCCAAAUUUUCCAAAUGUGAGUUGAUGAUGGCCCUUUUCAUUUGUUAAUAAAAGGCAACCUGGGGGGUGGAAAAUACCCCACAAAGAGCCAACUGAGGUGAUAUGGCGACCGCCAAAUGUUUUGGGUUUUAUUUGGUAAGGUGAUCGUGAUAAAAAUCUCCGUUGCACUCCCUGUGUGUGAAGCCUGAUGUUGCCUCUUGACUGACUGGCCAGACAGUUCAGGGUGGAAACACGGCGCCACCAGCCUGCUCGUUAGUAUUUGCUGUAUGUAUUAGUUUAGCAGUCGUGCACGAAGAGGAGCACUACACUUAAGAAGAAAAAAAAAAAAAAGUGCAUCCAUUGUGAUUUUACCACAAUUAAAGGUUUGGAUUUGCAAAAUUA